AAUGGCAAUACUUUAUGGUGAAAUUAUGGUUAAAAUAAAAUCUUAAAGGAACAGUUAAACCACAAAACGUCGUUUUAUCAUUUACUCAUCCACAUUGAUCCAAAUCCUUUCUUUAUUCUAUGAAACAUAAACUUUAAUGCUACACCGGAUGACUGCCUUAGUCACUAUUUACUUUCACUGUAUGGAAGAAAGACCUGGUUGAAUGCAAUGGGGUCUGAGUCCAUAAUAUCUAUUUUCCACAAAAGAAAGUCAUGCAAGUUUCAGCACUGUAAACUAUGGCAGAAUUUUUUUUUUCUUUUUAUUCUUUAUAUUAUUUAUAAAGGUCAUGUUUUUAUGAAAUAUCACAAGAUGACCUUUAUAGAAGCUUAGAGUUACACUAUUAUACACUACUGACUCCUAUUGGCUUAGACGAGUCUUUUUACAUGCCAGAAUGAACGCGGAACUAGAUCCGGGGGAAAGUCGUAAACCUGCCCGAGACUUGUGUUUUUUAACAAACGUGCUAAAGUCCACGAACAUUCAUUUGAGUCAACCGGCAUUAUUACAAAUCUUGCGUCAGCCCAAGAGCUUGCAAAACUUGGGGCUUUGAGCAAAAGCUUGUUUUUCCGGUCGCCGAGCCAAAUGAGACUCCUGCGUGGACUCGGCUUGCUUCAUUUGUUUGCUGAAGGCUUGCCGUAAAGUUGCUGGAAUCAUGAUUGACAAGGAUGAUUUCGGGCCCAUCGCGCGCAAUCGAAGACGCGCGACCAUCACGAGCGCGAAGAGCGAGGCUGUGAAACUCAGGAACGGCGCGAUCGCGGCAGUCGGUGAUCUCAAAAGCGGAGCCAAGCCGCGGGAGUCUCUCGCCAAAAACUUACAGCUGAACGAAGACGGCAAACGAAAAUGCGAACGCUACGACAAAAUGAGCUGCCACAAUUUGCAGGAGUCAAUGCUGAGUUCUGCAAGCAGCUUCAAAAAUUACAGAGGCAUCCUGAACUGGUGUGUGGUAAUGCUGGUUUUGAGCAAUGCACGUCUGUUCUUGGAAAACCUUCUCAGGUAUGGCAUUUUGGUGGACCCCAUUCAAGUGGUGUCAUUGUUCCUCAAGAACCCGUAUAGCUGGCCUGCUGCAUGCCUGGUCAUUGUUUCUAAUGUUUUUAUACUUGUGGCAUUGUACACAGAGAGGAAACUAGCCAUGGGUUCGAUCAGUGAAAAGGUCGGCCUGCUGAUAUAUAUCUUUAAUUUAACAAUCAUCUUGUGUUUUCCAAUGGUUGUUGUUUUGAAGCUGCCAUCUAUUACACCAGUUGGAGGGGCGUUUGCUUUGGGAGUCUACACCAUCCUGUUUUUGAAAUUGUACUCGUAUAAGGAUGUUAACAGGUGGUGCAGAGAGAGACGAAAAGCGAAGGCACGCAGCCUCUCCAGAUCUCUUUCAUGUCCAUCAUCUCCAUCUGCGUCCAGCUCUAUGCAGUCGCACGUGUCUUACCCAGGAAAUCUCUCUCUCAGGGAUAUGUUUUAUUUUGUUUUUGCUCCAACCCUGUGCUAUGAGCUUAAUUUUCCCCGCACCAAAUCCAUCCGAAUGGGUUUUCUGCUCAGGAGGCUCUUUGAGAUGUUGCUCCUCACUCAGUUAUUGGUUGGUUUAACGCAGCAGUGGAUGGUGCCAAUCAUUCGAAGUUCAAUGAAGCCACUGCAGGAAAUGGACUACAGUAGAAUGGCAGAGCGUCUGCUCAGACUAGCAGUGCCCAACCAUCUCAUCUGGUUGAUUUUCUUCUACUGGUUUUUCCAUUCAUCUAUGAACUUUGCGGCUGAGCUGUUGAGGUUUGGAGAUCGGGAAUUCUAUCGUGACUGGUGGAACUCCGAGACAAUAACGUACUUCUGGCAAAACUGGAAUAUUCCUGUGCACAAGUGGUGUCUCCGGCACUUUUACAAGCCGUUGCUGAGAAGAGGUGCUGGCAAGUUACUGAGCCAAUCAGCUGUGUUUUUCGCCUCUGCUUUUUUUCACGAGUACCUGGUCAGUGUCCCUCUCAGGAUGUUUAGACUGUGGGCAUUUAUGGGCAUGAUGGCACAGCUCCCACUGGCGUGGUUUGUGGCCAGGUUUCUUCGUGGUAAUUAUGGAAACGCUGCUGUGUGGCUCUCUCUCAUUAUUGGUCAGCCUAUCGCAGUACUGAUGUACGUUCACGACUACUACGUCACCCACUGUCAGGAUGACCCGAGUAUCGCCGAAGAUCUGUAGUCACGCUGUUGAUCGCAGGACUCGGCUAAGCAGCUAAAAUUCAAAGGAUUGCUGUACGACUUGGCAGAGGUACUAGUGGGAGCACACUGAUAAAACUGAAGAGUCCCUCCAGUCAGGUUUUUCAUAAAGUCUUCAAGUAAACUCAUAGCUCCAGGCUACGUUUAAACCUUUAUGAACAAUUACAGCAGCCAGUCUAUGCAAAUCCUGCCUAGAACCGCCAGUAGAAAUGCGCAAGAGUCUUUAAGCUUCCGAAUGUGACUCUACUGGUGCCAAGUGCUUAUUUUACCUUCACUAAAUGAAACCGUGUUUAUUUUUUUUAAUUAAGGGUAAGUUACAUGCAAAAGUCACUCUUUUUUUUAGCAUUUUAACAUCUGCAUUUAGUUUAAAUAUUGUGAAAACUCUUUAAACUGGACAUGCUGGACUUUUAUUAUUGUAUGAAUAUAUGCUGUUGGGUUUUUUUUUUUUUUUUAAUUAAAUGCCAGUAAACGGAAACUACGUAUGGACACAAAUGUCUAAUUUUUAUAAUGCAAAUAUUUUGCAACCUAUAUCUCGGCAGACACUUUAAAUGUUUUAUGUGUGUUGUUGUUUUUUCAAAGGGAUACGAGACUAAAUCUUUGUUAAAUCCAAAGGAUGUUGCGUCCAUAUUUAAUCUAUAUUUUGUUAAUUUUGAACAGCAUUUGUAUGCAUCUAAACUGUUGUACACUGUUGUGAGCGUUGAGAUGCCAUCUGCGCUCUGUUAUCGGCAUUAUGGGACCUCUUCAUCAAAAGCGCGCCACCUUGUGGCGAAUGUUGAGAAUAAACAACCCUCCACACGA